AUGAGACAGCCCAAGUAUGGCUUCGGUCUUGCGCUCGUGCACGAACUCUCCUCCCGCCCAGCAACAGAGAUUAGCAAAAUCUAUGCUACCGCACGAGGAGACUCAACGCCCUUGAGCGAGCUUGCCACUGCCUCAGCAGGACGAGUCCCCGUGGUCCAACUCGACGUUACAGACGAGUUAUCCAUCCGGAACGCUGCAGCCGAGGUCGAGAAGCAGCUUAGCGGCAAGGGACUGGAUAUCUUGAUCAACAAUGCCGGAGUCUGCCAGGACGUCGGCGAUGGGGUGAAAUUAAUGGAUCAUCUUGCAGAGAGCUUCACCAUCAACGUCCCCGGUGUCCACUACACCACACAGGCCGUGCUACCACUCCUGCAACGCGGUUCCCUCAAGAAGGUGGCGAACCUCAUAACCUCCCUUGCCUCCAUUACCCUAGCUCGCGCGUCGCGCGACGUCCCCGCCCCAGCGUACAAGAUCUCCAAGUUCGCCCUGCACGCGCUCACCGUGCAGUAUGCCCUGGACCAUGAGAAGGACGACUUCGCCUUUGUGGCCAUUGCCCCUGGUUGGAUGAAAACCGAUCUCGGCAGCGGAGACAUCGCCGACCUGACGCCCGAGCAAGGGGCCAAGGCAUCGUUGGAGAUUCUGUUCCGACCAAAUGGAGAGAUCAACGGGCAAUUUCUCAAGGUAUUGGUCCCCGGGUGGGAGAAUGCCACGGGUCGGAAUGUUUACGAUGGGACGAUGGUACCUUGGUAG